AACCAUUCUACGUGGUGUACCCUCCCACUCUUUGCUCCACCUUCUUCGUUUAUCCUAUCUUUCUUUAUCUUCUUCUCAUUUUCUCUUGUUUUUCUUCUUCUUUUCUCUGUUGUUUUCUUUCUUCUAACACCCUAUUUGAGUUUUUUUCUUCAAAAGAAGCUCUUUCUCUUUAUUACCAUAUAUAUAUAUAUAACAUCAUCACAAUGUGUGGCAUACUUGCUGUGCUUGGUUGCUCUGAUGACUCUCAAGCCAAAAGGGUCCGCGUCCUUGAGCUUUCUCGCAGAUUGAAGCACCGUGGUCCUGACUGGAGUGGGCUCCACCAACACGGUGAUUUCUUUUUGGCUCAUCAACGGUUAGCCAUAGUUGACCCAGCUUCUGGUGAUCAACCUCUUUUCAAUGAAGACAAAUCCGUUAUUGUUACGGUGAAUGGAGAGAUCUACAAUCAUGAAGAGCUCAGGAGUAAAUUACCUAAUCACAAGUUCCGAACAGGAUGUGACUGUGAUGUUAUUGCUCAUCUGGUUAGUCAUCUUUAUGAGCACGGAGAAAACUUCGUGGACAUGCUUGAUGGUAUCUUUUCAUUUGUUCUGCUGGAUACCCGGGACAACAGUUUUAUAGUGGCACGGGAUGCUAUAGGGGUUACUUCCUUAUACAUUGGUUGGGGACUAGAUGGAUCUGUUUGGAUUUCAUCAGAAUUGAAAGGGCUGAACGAUCAUUGUGAGCACUUUGAGUCCUUCCCCCCUGGACAUUUGUACUCUAGCAAAGAAAGAGAGUUCCGUAGAUGGUACAAUCCUCUUUGGUUCUCUGAGGCUAUUCCUUCAGCCCCUUAUGAUCCUCUAGCUUUGAGACAUGCAUUUGAGAAGGCUGUCAUUAAAAGGUUGAUGACAGAUGUCCCUUUUGGUGUUUUACUGUCUGGGGGGUUGGACUCCUCUUUAGUUGCAUCUGUCACUGCUCGCCACCUGGCAGGCACAAAGGCUGCAAAGCAAUGGGGUGCAAAACUACACUCAUUCUGUGUAGGCCUUGAGGGUUCACCAGACCUGAUGGCUGCAAAAGAAGUAGCUGAUUAUUUAGGAACUGUCCAUCAUGAGUUUCAAUAUACUGUUCAGGAUGGCAUAGAUGCCAUUGAGGAUGUUAUCUAUCACAUUGAAACAUAUGAUGUGACUUCCAUCCGAGCAAGCAUACCCAUGUUUUUAAUGUCUCGGAAAAUCAAAUCACUAGGAGUGAAAAUGGUACUCUCUGGAGAAGGAUCUGAUGAGAUCUUUGGAGGUUAUCUGUACUUCCACAAAGCACCCAACAAGGAAGAGUUCCACCGAGAAACAUGCCGCAAGAUUAAGGCACUGCACAAAUAUGAUUGCUUGCGAGCCAAUAAAUCAACAUAUGCUUGGGGUCUGGAAGCCCGAGUACCAUUUUUGGACAAAGAGUUUAUCAAUGUUGCAAUGAACAUUGAUCCUGAGUAUAAAAUGAUAAAACGAGACGAAGGAAGAAUUGAGAAAUGGGUACUGAGGAAGGCAUUUGACGAUGAAAACCAUCCUUAUCUGCCAAAGCACAUUUUGUAUAGGCAGAAAGAACAAUUCAGUGAUGGAGUUGGCUAUGGUUGGAUUGAUGGCCUUAAAGCCCAUGCUGCAAAACAUGUGAAUGAUAAAAUGAUGCUCAAUGCUUCUCAUAUUUACCCUCAUAACACUCCAACUUCCAAAGAGGCAUACUAUUACAGAAUGAUCUUUGAGAGGUUCUUCCCUCAGAACUCAGCCAGCCUCACUGUCCCUGGAGGAGCAAGUGUUGCAUGUAGCACAGCACAAGCUGUUUUGUGGGAUGCUGCUUGGUCCAACAAUCUUGACCCUUCUGGAAGAGCAGCACUUGGAGUGCAUGCUUCAGCUUAUGAGAACAACCAGGUCAACUCAGUCACCAAAACUGUAGAACCAGAGAAGAUUAUACCCAAAAUGGAAGUUUCUCCUCUAGGAAUUGCCAUCUAGAGCUAGUAUGAGCCAUAACAAGGACUAGUUGCCCCAGAGCCAAGAUAGUAUGGAACUAGUCAACAUAAAUGAAAAUUUUGCCUGUUGUGUAUUUAUCCAGGCAAAGCUAUAUGUAGAUAAGGCUCUGUACCUAGCUGUCUUCAGUGUUGUGCUAUCCAGUUCUAGUCUUUAUAUUGAUAUGAACACUUAAAAUGUAUUUGGGUUUCCGAGAAAAGUUGUGUACCUGUGUUUCUUU